UUACUUUUUUGAUGCAAGUUGCAGCAGGAGGGAGAGAGGCAGAGAGAGACAGAGAGGUGCACUUUAACCUCAGAUCAGUCAUUUGGCCACCUGCCUUUUCUUUCCAUUUUCUUGCUUUUGCUACCCCAGAAGAUCUGUUAUGUGGUUGUCAGCUAGCUGAGGCUUCCCCAUUGUGGGGAGAAAGGUGCUCGGAUGGAGAAGGCUGCCGUAAGAGAUCUGAAGUGAAUAAGUGGUAGGAGAAGGACCUGACUGCAGCAAUCAAAACGUUGAUAUGCCAAGAUAUGAAGAAGUGGCUGGACCAUUGUCCUUUUCCCAGGGAGAUGAAAGAGGAGUGAGGAAGGAGAGCAAAGGGAAAGUGUCUUGCUAGCUGAACUGCCUUUUUAUUUGUUUGCCUGGUUCCAGAGCUGACUAUGCAAUGCUGCUGUGGCUAAUGCCCUGAGAUGGCCAAAACGGGCACCGAUGAACCUGACUUAUCAUUAGAGGAUGGGGAGCCCGCUUCACAGGUCAAAGACGAGUGGUCAGAGGCCAGGCCAGAGUCUCACAGCACUGUGAAAAUCGAGGUGGUUUGCACAGAUGAUGGAGAAAGCUCUACACACAGCGCUGCUGAGGAGCCUGCCCGCAAGCGCAAAAAGGGCCCUGCCCCGAAGAUGUUGGGGGAUGAGGUCUGCAGCGUGUGUGGGGACAAGGCCUCCGGGUUCCACUACAACGUGCUCAGCUGCGAGGGCUGCAAGGGCUUCUUCCGGCGCAGCGUCAUCAAAGGGGCACAGUACACCUGCAAGGGCAUCGGGCAGUGCCACAUGGACAUGUACAUGCGCCGGAAGUGCCAGGAGUGCCGCUUGAAGAAGUGCCGACAGGCGGGCAUGCGCGAGGAGUGCGUUCUUUCAGAAGAGCAGAUCCGCAAGAAAAAGAUCCGAAAGCAGCAGGAGGGGGAAGGGGCGUCAGGUGGGGAGGGGGGUGGAGGCGAGGUCCUUCGGGUACCCCCUCUGCCCUGUGACCCCACGUUGCCCCAACCUGAGCCAGCGCCGCUCACGCCCCAGCAAGAGGGCAUGAUCCGGCAACUGGUUGCCGCACAACAGCAGUGCAACAAGAGGAGCUUCAGCGACCAGCCCAAAGUCACGCCCUGGCCAAUGGGCAGCGACCCCAAUAGCCGAGAGGCUCGGCAACAGCGCUUUGCCCACUUCACAGAGUUGGCCAUCAUCUCGGUACAAGAGAUUGUGGAUUUUGCUAAGCAGGUGCCUGGGUUCCUGCAGCUUUCUCGGGAAGACCAGAUUGCGCUGCUCAAGGCCUCCACCAUCGAGAUCAUGCUGUUGGAGACAGCGCGGCGCUACAACCACGAGACCCAGUGCAUUACAUUUCUUAAAGAUUUCACCUACAGCAAGGACGACUUUCACCGUGCAGGCCUACAGGUAGAGUUCAUCAACCCCAUCUUUGAAUUCUCCCGGGCCAUGCGACAGCUACAGCUUGAUGACGCCGAGUACGCCCUCCUCAUCGCGAUCAAUAUCUUCUCAGCAGACCGACCUAAUGUGCAGGACCACGGCCUGGUCGAGGCACUGCAGCAACCCUACAUUGAGGCGCUCAGUUCUUACAUCCGCCUCCACCGCCCACAGGACCACCUGAUGUUCCCACGCAUGUUGAUGAAGCUGGUGAGCCUGCGAACUUUGAGCAGCGUGCACUCGGAGCAGGUCUUUGCUUUGCGUCUCCAAGACAAGAAACUGCCACCGCUCCUCUCUGAGAUCUGGGAUGUACAUGAGUAGACAUUUGGGGACAGGACAUUUGUGGUGAGGAGAGGACACAGGUCCUUUCUCUUUCUCUCAAUCUCUCUCUGUCUCUCUCUCUGUCUCUCUCACACACACACCCCUCUCUAUCUCCAGACCCUGACAGACUUGGUUCCUUGCUAGGGACUCCAGGAUCUUGGCAUAAGACUUGCAGUGGAUAGUCUGUGAUCCUGUCGGAGGAACUGUGUCAAGAGGGGCUUACUAAGCACUUUUUCCUUCCCAUCUACCUGUAUUUCCUCCCAUCCUUGCCUCCCCAUUUCUGGUUUUGGGGACUGGGAGAUGGAGUUGGUUACAGUUGUUCUUUUUUGGUGAGGGGACAAGGGGGAAGAUGCAAAGGGACUGCUCUCCAAAGACUGAUCACCCCUGUUCCUGGAGAAUGAACAGCCAUGCCAACGUGGCAUUCUGCUUUGGCACCUCCCCCCCACCCACGUGCCCCACUAGGAAGGGCAGGGGGAGAGUUUUGCAGUGGAAAAGUGGGGAAGGGGUUGCCGUAUGCCUGGUGUGUGGGGUGGAUGCCCAGGAAAAUAAACUCAGUCAUUACAAACCAA